AUGUUGGACUCGUCGUCUUCCGGCUACCGGCGGAUGGGAGGAAGGUGAGGGUUGACGUUUCUUGUUUGAUUUUUAGAUAAGUUAUAUUGCACUUGGUCGGCUAUGAAUAAUAUCGCUAAAAAUGGAUAAUAUUUAGAGGAAGGCCGUGAAAUGUAUUUAAAUAGAGUCCUUAUGAUGUGUGGAAGCUUUUCGGACACAAGGAUCGCAAUUUGCUUUCUAUUUUUGGACUUUGUGAUUGAUAUUACACUUGACAUCAAUUGGUCUCUAAAUUUCGAAAUUUUUUGAUCUAAACUAAAAAUAGGCUUUAGGUUGUUGCUUUCAAUUAAGGAUAGGCUGUUUUAUAGUUUAUGCUUAAACGUUUCCAGCCUAAUUUAUAUUAUCCAUGUUUCAGAUCCUCACCUCCAAGAAACGUUUUCUUUUUUGGAGUCCUUUUGAUUCUCGUGGUGCUGUUCUCAGUGUUCUUCCUUUAUCUUUCGGCGUCCAAUGAUGUGACCACAAUACGAAAAGAGCUUCAAUUCUCGAAUGAUAAGAUGGCCAAACUAAAAGACGAUCUUUUGAGUAAGGAAAUUGGCUUGAAAGGUGUUGAAAUGGUAUUCUAAUUUUAGAUGCGAACAACGAGCUGGAGAUCGUUAAGAAUCGUUUGAACACCUGCGGGCAGGACAAAAAUAAGGCGGCGGCUGAUCUGGAAGGUGAAUAUUUUUUUUGUUUUUUCUUGAAAUUUAGGUGCAUAACUGGAACAAGAUGAAGUUUUAUUGAAAGUAUAAGAUCUGUUUGACGAUUUAAUGGCAAACAACUUCAUGAAGUUUUAUUUUUUCCAUCUAAAAUUCAUAAUUUUCGCCUGGGCACCUAGAAUAAUAUAUACUCCCCGUACAAUGUUUUGACCCCCCUCCUAACUCGGUCCAAGGUGUACUAAUUCGGACCAAAUUUGGUAUGUAGUAUACUCACAGGGUAGUAACAAAAAAUAACAUAGCUGGACCUACCUUAUAGUUGAAUUUCAAAAUCUAUGGGCAAUUUUCAAAAAUCACCUUAAAAAAUCGAGGAAAAAGUUUUGACCCCCCUUAAAAAAACGUUAGAUAUCGCCAGCGGAUGCCACGCAAACCUAUUGUAAUCUACGUCCCAUACCUGAAUACAGGUUUGUGAAUGGUUUUCCGUUGAAUGCUUCGUUGCAUUUGAGUAUUCAACGCGUUAAACCGUUUUUGGGCGUCGCGACACUUGCGGGCAACCACUUUGCGGGCAACCAGUUUGCGGGCAAAUUUUUUGCGGGCAACCACUAUGCGGGCAAAAUUUGGGGGGUCACAUUUGCGGGCAGCUGAAACAUUUGCGGGCAGCUGAGACACUUGCGGGCAGCCUGGGACACUUGCGGGCAACCGACACUUGCGGGCAGCCGACAUUUGCGGGCAACCGGCACCUGAUGGUAACUGGGUGGAGGUGGAAAUAUUACUGCGAUAUUUUGGAAAUUUGCCGACAUUUGCGGGCAGCCGACACUUGCGGGCAGCCGACAUUUGCGGGCAACAGGAAAAAACAAUCACACAGACUGUAUUGGUACUUUUGGAACUGUUGCCCGCAAAUGUCGGCUUGCCGCAAGUAUUGCCUGCCCGCAAAUGUCGGAAAAUUACCAAAAUAUCGAAGUAAUUUUUCCACCUCCACCUUGUUAUCAUCAAGUGCCGGUUGCCCGCAAAUGUCGGCUGCCCGCAAAUGUCGGCAAAUUUCCAAAAUAUCAUAGUAAUUUUUCUACGUCCAUCCUGUUACCCUCACAAUCAGGUGUCGGUUGCCCGCAAAUGUCGGCUGCCCGCAACUGUCGACCCUGCCCGCAAAUGUCCCAGGCUGCCCGCAAAUGCCGGUGCUGGCCGCAAAUGUCGGCUGCCCGCAAAGUGGCUGCCCGCAAAAGAUUUGCCCGCAAACUGGUUGCCCGCAAAGUGGUUGCCCGCAAGUGUGCGCCCGCCCGUUUUUGAUGUAGACCUGCCCAAAAUUGUAAAAGUCUUGCCCUAGCGCUUUCCUAGAGCUCUAAAUUGGGUUUAUAUUAUGUGCUUUAGACCUGUAUUUACCUUCUCCUUUCAAUAAAAGUGCAUGGUGGCCUGGCGGUGUAGAUUCGGCAGAUACCCUCUUGUCAUGCCCAGCCUUGGUGAGCCAUUUGCUCUUUGACUCAAGGUCGAGAUGUGGUCGUUAGGUCCUCAGUGUAAUCCUGAGACUCCUAGUUACUCUCAAACAAAGAAUAAACUCCGGCUAACACGGUCUCAUAUGGUUUUCAGGCGCAACUUCGCCGAUCUGCACCAUAACGAAAAACCCGCGUUUUUCAAAUGGAUUUUUAGCCACCAAAAACGGCUUUCAUUUGAUGGACCAGGUAGUUUAAGACGCUACAGCACCCACCAUACUCAUUUGAGACGUAUGAAACGCCAAAUGGGAGGUGGGGAUGUAAUAGUACUCGGAGUCAUCUACAGUAACGGCAAACUUAAGAUUAAGGUGAAUGAAACCCAUUACAAAACGUGUCAAAUCAAAACAUUUUACAUUACUGAGAGUAACUAGGAGUCUCAGGAUUACAUUGAGGACCUAACGACCACAUCUCGACCUUGAGUCAAAGAGUAAAUGGCUCACCAAGGCUGGGCAUGACAAGAGGGUAUCUGCCGAAUCUACACCGCCAGGCCACCAUGCACUUUUAUUGAAAGGAAAAAGAAAAUACAGGUCUAAAGCACAUAAUAUAAACCCAAUUUAGAGCUCUAGGAAAGCGCUAGGGCAAGAUUUUUACAAUUUUGGGCUGUUCUACAUCAAAAACGGUUUAACGCGUUGAAUCCUCGAAUGCAACGAAGCAUUCAACGGAAAACCAUAUAUUAACCUGUAUUCAGGUAUGGGACGUCGAUUACAAUAAGUUUGCGUGGCAUCCGCUGGCGAUAUCUAAAGUUUUUUAAGGGGGGUCAAAACUUUUUCCUCGAUUUUUUAAGGUGAUUUUUGAAAAUUGCCCGUAGAUUUUGAUAUUCAACUAUAAGGUAGGUCCAGCUAUGUUAUUUUUUGUUACUAGCCUGUGAGUAUACUACAUACCAAAUUUGGUCCGAAUUAGUACACUUUGGCCGGAGUUAGGAGGGGGGUCAAAACAUUGUACGGGGAGUAUAAUUUUAGUCUGAAUUUCCUCUUUCAGCCUGUACCAACUCAAAGACCUCGGAUCAAAAGAGGGUAGAAGAGCUAACCAAGCAAAAUAAAGACCUUCAAGAGCAAAAGACCGCCUUGGAGGCUGAUUUGAACGCUAAAAUCGCGGCCAUGAAGACCGUUGGAGUAAAUCAAGAGGCGAUUUUGACCAAACAAAACGAGACCAUCGAUGUUUUGCGAAGAGAUUUGAUCCUCAAAGACGAGUUGAUUAGCAUGCUCAAAGGGCAGAAUAAGGAAUCGGCUGGUCCCGCUGGGAAUCCGGUUCAAAAUGAUGUUCCACUAGGUAAACAGACCAUUCAAAAUGCACCUCAGAGUCCGCCAAAUGUCCAAACAAGUCCGGUGGAGCCUCAGAACGGGCAGGUUCAGCCAUUGGCAGGUCCAAUUCAGCCAACUACCAAGAAAAUUGCCCAAAAUUUGAAUGGUCAGGAGGAGAAGAAUCCGGAGCCAGUGCUGCAAUUGCCUGAGGCACAGCCCGGCGCACGUGUUAGAGUAGCCGAACAACUGAAUAAUGAAGCGGAUGGAGCACUUUUGAGUGCUGUGGAGAACAAAGGUGAGGAUUUUUGAGAUUUUUUGUUGAAUUUUAGGUGAUCAACUGGAAUAAAAUGGAUGAAAGUGUAAAGUUUCGGGAAGAUCCUGGAUUAAAAUUGAAGGAGAAUGAAGCUGAGACUUAUAUAUAUGUAGUCACAGUGUCGGCGAAUGUUAUUAUAACCCCAGAAGCUAAAAAAUUGAAUAAAGUUGUGAAAUUUUCAGGCUCUCCACUUCAAAAACCAGCUCUCUAG